AUGAGUUUAUUCGGUACAGCCCAGCAGACAGGCCAAUCACUUUUCGGUGCUCCUCAGACAGGCACUUCGUUGUUCGGGCAAACGCAGCAACAGCAGCAGCCGCAACAACAACAACAGUCAACUGCCUCCAUCCUCGGCCAGUCGCAGGCAAGCCAAAACCCGCAGUUGGGCAGCUCUCUAUGGCAGCCCGGAAGCCAGACGACCUACCAAAAGCCGAUCCCGGAGCAGAUUCAAGUCAUCACUCAGAAAUGGGACCCAACCAACCCCAACUGCGCUUUUAAGACGUACCUCUACAACAAGGUCGAUGAGCACGCCGCUCCCCUCUACCAGCCCGGACCGAACGACGACCCCAAGGAAUGGGAAGAGGCUCUCGCGAAGAAGCCAGGGCCGAACUACAUCCCCGUGCUGUGCGCCGGCUUCCCCGCUAUCGUUGCGCGCCUGCUUCUCCAGCGGCGCGUGAUCACUGAGUUCAAUAACAAGCUGCAUGCCAUCAACGCCAGUCUGGACGAGAUCCUGUCGCGCCACGACCUCGAGCACUCGGUGCGCGCGCUCAAGGCGAAGAGGAGGCACGCGGAGCUGAGCAAGCGGUGCCUGGCGCUGGCGUCGCGGGUGCAGGUACUGCGUAACAGAGGGUACGCGCUGAGCAGCGACGAGGACGAGCUCAAGCAGAAGCUGGCCAAGAUCGACAAGCACAUCCAGGACCCGGCGCUGAGCGCGCGCAUGGAGGAGCUCUGGAGUAGGCUGAUUAUCUUGAGAGGGUAUGCGGAUAAUCUGAGAGAUGAGAUCAACAAGCCGGGUUUUGCAGAGAGCGACGGACUUGAUGAGGAGGUUGAGGCGAAAGCGAAGAAGAUUCUCGAGGACUACGAGAAGCAACUGCAGCACCUCAAACAGCAGGUCGAGGAAGCCAGGAGGGAAUAUGAAGACUGGGAGAAGGAGCAUCAGCCCACUCCGGCGCCCAUGUAAAGGCGAGAGUGUUCGUGGCAGGACAAUGGUGUGAGGCGUAAAACUGGUCAGAAAGUCUACUGGGGCUGCUUGAAAGCUUACUGAGAAAAGCAAGAUCAUGGAUAUGGGAUUUUAAUGUGGAAAAGCUGGGCUGGAGCGGAACGGGAUCGACAGUAGAAAGCAUGUAUUGGCGUUUAGUGGUUUAUGUGGGAAUUGGCGGCUGGCACUGGAGGAAAUACAUCAUGCUCGCAGGGAGUUUUCUUGGCCAUAGCACCGAACCUCCUAUAUUCAACUGUGCUGUUUGCUUG